AUGGUCAAGAAGCGGAAGGCAUGCAGCAAAGAUACAACAGAUGAAUACCCUUCGACUGCUGCUGUGGAACACAAGCAGAAAGGGAAAAAGAGGAAGGUCGAAGAAAACGAAAUCAACGAGGACGAUGCCCAAACGGUGGCUGCGGCUACCCCAAGUGAUGUGGAUGCUGCGGAGCGUCUCCGGCGAGCCCUGCAAAGGGACAUCCAACAGCUGGUGCUGAGGCUUCGAAGUGAAGGGAAAUCAAAGGCUGAGAUCAAAGCAGCUACCAAGGAGCUCAAGGCAAAGAGUGGAGCUGUUAGCAACUCCAAAAGCCUGAAGAGCAGCAAGAAGAAGCAAAAGUGGGAAGCUGAUGCGGCCGAAAAAAGGAAAGCGCACCUGCAGCGACAGCACGAUGUGGUCAUAAUUCCUGUAGUGUGGCGCGGGCGGCAUGAUAAGUUGGAUGUUCUUCAAGCAGCGGAGGAUAUCAAAGCUUGCCUCUCCCAGCAGGGCUUGGACGUCUGGCUUGAUAGCAGACGACAGCUCACUCCGGGUCAAAAGUUCGCGCAUUGGGAGCACCGCGGUGUCCUCCUACGCAUUGAAAUUGGACCACAGGAUCUGCAGGCACAGGUAUGUCAAGUUUGCAAAGCAAAGACCGCUGGCGACUACCAGUCUGUGGAGAGGAAGCGGGUGCCUUUGCCACCUGCUGGAGCCAGAUCCCUGUUGCUACGAUUGAAGGAGUGGGGCUUGUCGCAGAUAGAUGUCAAGAGAAGGGAUGGCGACUCUGAAGAAGAAGAGGACGCUGCAGAGGCAUUGCCUCGCAAACAAGGCCAACAGGCUGAAAGUCUGGAAGCUGAUGAGGUGCAAGGCAACUGGAAGCCAAGAACAGAGUCCUCAGGCAAGAAGAAGGGCAAG